GGCUUUUAUUUUGAAGGGGACUAAGCUGACACUGACAGCCAGAGAGUUGUACGACAGCAGCACAGCUUUUAGUGAAGUUGGUCUGUCGAUUGAAGGAUGGAGGCCAGUGGCAGACCCUCCACAGCACAGAUUGUGUUGCUGGCCACUAGUUCGGCUCUGACUGCUGUCUUGUACUCCAUAUACAAGAAGAAAUCGAGCCAUGUGGCUAGACUUAGGGAGGCCAAGAAGAUGUCCUUAAAUCCAGACCUUAAAACUAUCCUCAAUGAAGCACCAGGAAAAUGUGUUCCUUAUGCAGUUAUUGAAGGUGUUGUGCGCUCAGUGAAGGAGACCUUGAACAGCCAGUUUGUGGACAACUGUAAAGGAGUCAUCGAGAGGUUGACCCUAAAGGAGAAGAAGAUGGUGUGGAAUCGCACAACACAUCUGUGGAAUGAUUGUGAAAAGCUCAUCCACCAACGCACCAACACCGUGCCCUUUGACCUGGCCCCGCAUGAUGACACCAUUCCCACAAUGGUGCGAGUGGUCCGUCCACUCGAUGCAGCUGAACUGGAUCUGGAGACCACCUAUGAGAACUUCCACCCAUCCCAGCAGUCUCUGACCAACGUCAUCGGUCACUUCAUCAGCGGCGAGCGGCCGCAGGGCAUCCAGGAGACGGAAGAAAUGCUCCGUCUGGGUGCCAGCAUGACUGGCGUAGGGGAGCUGGUGCUGGACAACAACCUGGUUCGUCUUCAACCCCCUAAGCAGGGCCUGCGGUACUUCCUCAGCCGCCUGGACUACGACACGCUCCUGAGUAAGCAAGAGGGUUACCUGCGGCUCUGGAGGGUCUUGACGGUGCUGUUUGGCUUGACUGCCUGCGCCACGCUAUUCUACCUGCUGUGGCGACAGUACGUGCUGCGUAAGGAGCGGAGGAAAGAGCGCAGCGUGCUGGACGAGUACAGAAAGUGGCAGAGCAGACGUUUAAAGGAGCUCGACGUGGCGGAGGGUGAUGUGUCUCCCACUGCAUGCACGAUAUGCCUGAGCCACGAGCGCUCCUGCGUGUUUCUAGAGUGCGGUCACGUGUGUACCUGUGAGGAAUGCUAUAGGGCCCUCCCCGAACCGAAGAAGUGCCCCAUAUGCAGGGCUAGAAUAGAUAGGAUUGUCCCUCUGUAUAACAGCUAGAGGCCUUAUUAUGAAUAUGAAUUACGCUCUUUAAAAUGAGUGACUUUGAGAGCAGGUUUUUGCCAUGUAAUAUCAGCCAUAAUGCAAACACUCUGCAUUCAAAAAUAUUCUUCCAGUUUGAGUUUGUAUUCUGUUGAUUGAUCGCACUGUUGGCAAUUGUAAUCAUCACUUGUGCCUGUGUGAACUGAAAUUCUGUUGUAUUUCAACCAAAAUCAAAACAUAAGAACAUUUAUAAAGACGGUUUCUUCUAUUAAAAAAAGAGAGAAAUGAAUAAAAGUGCUUAUUUUAGGACCAUUAGGAUUUUUUGCAUUGUGAAUAUUUUUUGGUUCACAUUGAUUUCGUACUACUGUAAUGUAGUAUUUUGAUCACGGUAAAAACUACUAUAAUACAGAUUUUAUUGUGUAUUAAAAAAGGUAAACGCAAUACAUUGGAUUUCUUUUUAUAUAUACUUAAACAGUUAUGCUUUUCAAGUAUACAAGGUUUGUGCUUAGUCGUCAUGAAAAUGUUACAGCACCUAAUGGUCCUAAAAACAAGAUUCAUUUUCUUUAUGUGAAAGCCAGUUUUGUGGUGUCCUAUCAUUAUUUUUACUUUUCAUUUGAAUUGUUUUUAUUUGUUGUUGUUUUUUUGUAAGAAGGGCGGUGGGAGAUGUAAAGCUUUAAUCUGAUUUAUUAAAUGGGAAUUUGUUGAACCUAA